CUGGACCACAUAUUCAAGGAGCUGCAGGAGAAGUUUAUCUCUCUGGUGAAGAACGAGCUGAACACAUUCAAGAAGCUCCUAAGUCCAGAUUACCCAGCAUGCUCUGAGGGAGAGGUGGAUGAUGAUCAGAGGGAGGGGGUGCUGAAGAUCACACUGCACAUCCUGAGGAAUAUGAAGCAGACAGACCUCGCCAACACACUAGAGAGCCAAUUGGCCCCAGCAUGUCAACAAAAGCUCAAAUCCAAACUGAGGGAAAAAUAUCAGAAAAUUAAUGAAGGAAUCUCAGGUCAGGUAACGUCAGCACUUCUGAAUGAGAUCUACACAGAGCUCUACAUCACAGAGGGAGGGAGUGGAGAAAUCAAUCAGGAACAUGAGGUGAAACAGAUUGAAGCUGCAUCCAGGAGAAGGGCAACACAGGAAAGACCAAUCAAAUGCAAUGACAUCUUUAAACCCUUACCAGAACAGAACCGGCCCAUCAGAACUGUGCUGACUAAAGGAGUUGCUGGAAUUGGAAAAACAGUCUCUGUGCAGAAGUUCAUUCUGGACUGGACUGUAGGAGAAGUUAAUCAGGAUGUUCUCUUCAUAUUUCCACUUCCUUUUAGAGAGCUGAAUCUGAUGAAGGAUAAGAAGCUCAGUCUGGUGAAUCUUCUUCAGAGAUUCUUCCCAGAAACACAAGAUUUAAAACCAAGACAUUAUAAGAGCUACAAGAUCAUGUUCAUCUUUGAUGGUCUGGAUGAGUGUCGACUGCCUCUGGAUUUCCAGAACAAUGAGAACUUGGUAAAUAUAGAAGAACAAACCUCAGUGGAUGUUCUGCUGACGAACCUCAUCAAGAAGAACCUGCUUCCCUCUGCUCUCCUCUGGAUCACCUCUCGACCAGCAGCGGCCAAUCAGAUCCCUCCUGAGUGUUUUGAUCAGGUAACAGAAGUGCGGGGUUUCAGUGACCCUCAGAAAGAGGAGUACUUCAGGAAGAGGAUCAGGAAUCAGGACCUGGCCAAUAAAGUCUUCACACACAUCAGGUCUUUAAGAAGCCUCUACAUCAUGUGCCACAUACCGGUCUUCUGCUGGAUUACAGCCACUGUUCUAGAGAGAAUGCUGAGUGAACCUGAGAGUGGAGAAAUCCCCAAAACCCUGACGCAGAUGUUCACACGCUUCCUGAUCUUUCAGAUCAAACACAAGAGCCAGAAGUACAGUGGGAAAAGUGACCCCGAUCCUCAGCAGACUAGAACAAGUAUUCUGGCUCUGGGGAAACUGGCGUUCCAGCAGCUGGAGAAAGGAAACCUGAUCUUCUAUGAGGAAGAUCUAAGAGAGAGUGGCAUCGAUAUUAAAGAAGUGUCUGUGUACUCAGGAGUGUGUACCCAGAUCUUCAGACAGGAACAUGAACUGCUGGACCUGGGGAAGGUCUUCAGCUUUGUACAUCUGAGCAUUCAGGAGUUCCUCGCUGCUUUAUAUGCGUUUCUCUAUUUCAACACAAAGGAUCGGAAUAUGCAAACCCCCGAACAGCAAACCACUGAACUAUCUGAGAUUUUCAGCAGGACAUCGAUGAAUGACUUCCUCAGCAGUGCCGUGGAUAAAGCCUUACAGAGUGAGAGUGGACAUCUGGACCUGUUCCUUCGCUUCCUUCUGGGUCUCUCACUGGAGUCUAAUCAGACUCUGUUACGAUUCAUACUGACACAGAAAGAGAAGAACUCUCACAGCAAUGAGGAAACAGUCAAAUACAUCAAGAAGAAGAUUGAGGAGAACUCAUCUCCAGAGAAAUCCAUCAAUCUGUUCCACUGUCUGAAUGAACUGGAUGAUCAUUCUCUAGUGCAGGAAGUGCAGAAAUACCUGAGUGGAGGUGAUCAUCUUCAACAGGCCACGCUCUCUCCUGCUCAGUGGUCAGCUCUGGCGUUUGUGUUGGUGAAUUCAGAAGAAGAGCUGGAUGAGUUUAACCUCAGUAAAUAUCACACUUCAGAGGAGUGUCUUCUGAGGCUGCUGCCAGUAGUUAAAAUAUCCAGAAGAGCUGUCCUAGCUUCAUGUAAUCUUGGAGUAAAGGCGUGUGAAAGUCUGGGAUCAGUUUUAAACCUGAUUAACUCCCCUCUGAUGGAGCUGGACCUCAGUAACAAUGACCUGCAUGACUCUGGAGUGGAGCUACUCUCUGAUGGACUGAUGAGUUCACACUGUAAACUGCAGAUUCUCAGAUUAUCUGGCUGUAUGAUCACAGAGAAAGGCUGUUUUUCUCUGGCUUCAGCUCUGAUUUUAAACCCCUUCCACCUGAAAGAGCUGGAUCUGACCUACAACCACCCAGAAGAGUCAGGGGUGAGGCUGCUUUCUGCCAGACUGGAGGAUCCGCACUGCAAACUGAAGGCACUCAGGGCAAUAGACAAAGGCUCCAAAGCUAAAACCAACAAAGCUGGGCUUAACGGGCAACCCUGA